GGCAGGGCCGGUGCUGGCAGUGUCAUGGCGGCGCCGCUGCGGGACCGGCUGAGUUUCCUGAGCCGGCUGCCGGUGUUGCUGAGGGGCACGGCCGACGACGAUACUCCCUGCCCCGGGUACCUGUUCGAGGAGAUCGCCAAGAUCUCCCACGAGUCCCCCGGGAGCAGCCAGUGCCUGCUGGAGCAUCUCCUGACACGGCUGCAGAGCAGCUCCUGCCACGUCAAGUUGAAGGUGCUGAAGAUCCUGCUGCACACCUGCUCCCAGGGCUCCCCUCAGUUCGUGCUGCAGCUGAAGAGGAACGCCAGCUUCAUCCGGGAGGCAGCAGUGUUCUCUGGGCCCCCAGACCCCCUCCACGGCAACAGCUUGAACCAGAAGGUGCGGGCGGCCGCACAGGAUUUGGCCAGCAUUCUGUUCUCGGAUGCGCCACUGCCGCAGUCCCCAGCGCUGCCCAACCGGCCCCCAGCCCCUGCUGGGAUGGGCUCCAGCCCCACCCCCUGUGGUGUCCUGCAGGGAUUCGGCUUCAGCAGUGACAGAAGCAGCUCCGCUUCCACAGGCGAGGCCCUGCUGAGCAGCCUCCAGCGAGCAGCCGAGGCUGUGGCCCAGGCUGUGCUCCCGGCGCCAGGAGGGCCCCCCCGGCUGCACGGGGAGCUCCCCGAGGACACCUACGAGCCCGUCCGAGCCCCGUCCCCCGCCAGCAGCCCGGCCCUGCCGCCCCCGGCUCCUCCCGCRCCGCGCCCAUCCCGAGUGAGCCACCAGCCGGGSCAGCCCGGGGGCGGCUGGGAGGAGGCGGACAGCGGGCACAGCUCCCGGGAAUCCUCGCAGGGCAACGAGCGGAGCCGCACCUCGGACUCGGGCAGCAAAUCGGGCAGUGACAGCCGCUCCGGGGCCAGCCGGGAGCUGAGCCACGGGGCUGACAGCAGGGUGGAUGCUGACAGCCCCGGGGACUGCCGGAGGGAGCUGAGCCUGGUGUCAGGACUGACACGUGGGGCCAGGGUCUUCCUCACCAGGGAGGAAGCUCAGCACUUCCUCAAGGAAUGUGGGCUCCUCAACUGCGAGGUGGUGCUGGAGCUGCUGGGCCGGGCGCUGGAGGAUCCCAGUGACAGCGUCCGCAUGAGGUCCAUGUGUGCCAUCUCUGCCCUCGGCUGCUCUGACCUGCUCUCCCCGGAGCAGAUCUUUGCCGUGACCCGGCAGCGCCUGCAGCACCUGAGCCAAGGCAGCCCCGGGCCCGUGGCCAACCGAGCAACCAAGAUGCUGCGGCAGUUCGAGGCGCUGUGCCGGGCCCAGCCCUCCCCGAGAGCCCCUCGCCCACCCUCAGCCCCCUCAGCGGGCUCAGCCAGGGACCUGCUCAUGGACAUCCCAGCGCUGCCCAGCGAGAGCUUCCUGACCCCGCUGAGCCCGGCCCCGACCCCCGCAGCCCCCRGUGAGGAGCCGGGGGUGGGAUUGGAGCCCCCCAGGCAGCCCGGRGCCGCGGUGCCAGCCUGUCCCUGCGAGCAGGACGGGGACAGCAGGCUGGCAGGGGACACGGCAGCCCCCAGCCUGUCCCUGUUCGCCGGCAUGGAGCUGGUGGCCCGUCCUGGGGCCGUGCUCCGGCCACACUCGCCACCAGCAGAGCCACGGACACCGGCCCAGCCCAAAGAUGGGGGCACAGACACGGAGGGGACCCGGCAGCCAUCGGCCUUCGCCUUCCUCAACAUGUAGCUGCUGUCAGGCCCCGGGGGCUGYGGGGGCUGUGCCUCCCCUCCCUGCGGGGCCUGGGCUGUCCUGAUGGGAAACACGGCCGGUGAAAUGGCCACAAGGCUUCCAUCAGGUGAUGAUGUCCCUGUCGCUGUCCGUGGGGCAGAGGGGCACGGCUCCUUGCUCCUCUUAGCUGGACAGGGCUGUGGGACCGGCUGGGACUGAGCUGGGGGUGCUUUGGGGACCCCAGCAUGGCCAUGGGUGCUCUGGGUGGUCCCAGCUCCAGCCAGGCUUUACGGGAGUUGGGGUGGGARAAGGUGCCGUCCCCCUGGGGCCGGGACCCACCAAUAAAUCCCACUCGGGUCUGGGAAUGUGUGACUUCUUCCUUCGCCGCUGAUGGAGCCUGGCCUCACAUUCUUCCAUAGUCCCAUGGCCCCUCAAAA